GGCAGCUUCUAACCGCGCUAUAAGCCUCACAUUUUAAUACAUGUGUGGAGGUGCAUCUACGAGGUUAACGUUGACAUGUAUAGAGGAAAACUGUCUUGCCUCGAGUUAUAAAAGAGCUCCUUUCGAAGUCCCCUGCCACCCAUUUUAACACGAAACUCGACGCGGUUGACGUCACCGAGCCAUCUUUGUCCAGCUCGUCCAAAGUGUUUCGUUUUACCUACACUGCGGCUCGGUCUCUCGUCCCUUCUAGUAACCGUCUGCCGGUCCCGCCACAUAGGGAGAGGAGGCAAAGGGCUAGUUUGGCUAGCUCAAAGAGGGUUGGGGGGGGGGGCAUAUCUGGACGGCGGACGCAAAGUGGUGCCCCUCCUCGGCGGCUAUAUAGGCAGGGAAAGGGCAGGCUAAGCAUUCGCACGGUGCCAGAGGCUUGAGAGGAGCGCGCGAGGACGAGGCAAUCCGCAGCCAUCUGCCAGCCACUUAGCACGCGCUAACAUUUCCAGCCCGGAUUGAUUUCGGCACAGCUGCCUCGCCAACCCUCGCACACAAAAAAAAUGUCUGCCCCAGCUGGAGCCCCUGCAGAGGGAGGGAGUCAGGGUCCUCCCAACCUCACCAGCAACCGCCGUCUGCAGCAGACACAGGCACAGGUGGACGAGGUGGUGGAUAUCAUGCGUGUAAAUGUGGAUAAGGUUCUGGAGCGUGACCAGAAGCUGUCCGAACUGGACGACAGGGCUGAUGCUCUGCAGGCUGGAGCCUCUCAGUUUGAGACCAGCGCUGCAAAACUGAAGAAUAAAUACUGGUGGAAGAACGCUAAGAUGAUGAUUAUCCUGGGCGUGAUAUGCCUGAUUGUCCUCAUUGUCAUUAUCGUGUACUUCAGUACCUAAGAAGACUCACUUCCUACCCCAGUCUGAUCCCAACGUCCUUGCGUCAGAAGGAACCCUGAAAUUCGUGACAUAAGGAAUUACGGAUAAUGAGUUAAUGUAUCUUUUUCCCCUAUUGGCUUCAAUUUAAUACCCCUAAACCCUUCAGGGCCAUAUAGGGCUCCCUCAUUUCCACCACCUGGCUUCUGGACCCCUGUCAAAUAUUCGUCCCGUGAUUGCGCGGCCCUGCGUCCGUUCUGGAUCCUCUCGGCUUCUCUAACCUGCCAUAACGAGAGCCAAACACUUGUGAUGAUGCAACAACAGAAAAGGAAACAGUGAUUGGCAAUGAUAAUUGUUACUUGACUGAUCUGUAUCUAGUCAUUUGUAGAGUUUUAUUCUGAUAUAUACUGUUUUGUAGGUGUGUGUGCGAGUGUGUGCAUUUUGUAUUUUUUAAUUUUUGUAUUAAUUUUCUGUAUGCUUCAGCGUCGACUACUGCCUAUUAAUCGAAGUAUGUAUCUUGCAUGUUCUAAUCAUCGGUCCGGUCCCCCGCUAACUGUUUUUUCGCUGUAUUUCUGCACAGGGGCAUCAAUCCGAAUAAGCCACACAAGUGAAUAUGUUCUUGGAAAAAUCUUUUGCAGUCGCAGGUUGAAAUUACUUGAGAGUUCAUUCAGGUCUACGUGACUGCUCACAAGUAUUGAUCAACACCAAGUAAUGCAUGAAUUGUUCAACUAUCCCCUUGUAAUUAUUCCUAGUCCUUCGAAUCUGACCAUUAAGUCUCCUCUGAAAGUCUUUUCCCCUUCCGACAUUUCUCUUUUGGUAUCUGUCGUGUCCUCAGCUCUCCGGCCGUCUCCCUCGUUCGUGUCUUGCAGCAUGCUUGAAUGCCCAAUCGUUUUAAAACUGCCAUAGUACCGUUGGACCAAUGUCUGUAGAUGUUUCUUUUCUUCUUCUUUUUUUUUUAAUAUUACGUAGUGUCUUAUUUCGAAAACAUUCCUUCAUUGCAACCUAGUGCAAAUGCUCUUGCGGUAGCACAUGUAAUUGUUAUUAGAGUUCAAGCGCGCGAUGAAACUAAAAGCAGAAGUCGGUCAUGCAAACGACAGGGAAAACAAUUUUAAGGCGUACAAGUCAAUUUGGUGGGAGGCGAGAUUAGGAUUUCAUUUUGUUGUAUCAAUCAUUAAUGUUAGCUAGUGCAAAUAGGUUAUUGCGUAGGUUUUAAGUGGCACCAUCGCUUACAAAUUUUUUUAUUUUACAGUCAAGUCAAAGUGUCAUUGGCCUGUUCCACACACUAAAAAAGCCUUAGUGUCUACUUUGACGUUCUGUAGGUCCAAAGAACUUAAGCAGCUGAAAAUGCACAAAACCAACUUGUUUUUGAUGGCGCUGUAACCAGGCCGAGAGAGAUGUCGCGCAGCCACCGCACCUCUCCAUUGAAGAGCACACAAAACAACACUUCAGCCUUUUUGUUGUAUUUAUUUAUGUAUUUACUUAUUUAUUUUAAAAGGCCAACAAUUCACAGUUGAUUUGGUGAGGAUAAACAAAUAAAAUCAAAGCAUUCCUUGUCAGAGUGUUUGAAGUGGUUCUCCCUAUAAGUAUGCAUCAGUAAAUAUAAUAGAUUAUAUUUUUAUUAUCGUGUGAAACGGACAGGUGAAGAGGAAGUUUGCAUCCGGUAACAGGAAGUUCCUCGUGUGUGCAUGUGUGUGUGCGUGUUUGUACAUGUUUUUUUCCCCUUCUUUAUUUUUUUAUAUAUAUAUAUAUAUAUAUAUAUAUAGAAUUCAGCUGUGUGCGUUAUACACUGCCAAGCAACAAGCUGGGGUGGGUGGGGGGGGGCGCUGCUCUUGUUAAUUGCACAUCUCUGUCAUUGGCACCCUUCUGUGUCCACUUGGAAAACAAGUUAGCUCGUGUAGUUUUGGAUGUAUGGCCACCUGAUAACUAACUGAGCAAUAGGUGAACUUGCUGUAUUUUUAGCUGACGAGGUUCAGACUAGAAAUAGAAAACAAGCAAUUAGCAUUAGAUUCCAGUCUCAGUCAGAACCUGCAACAGUUCAGAUUAAGUAUUAAUGAAGUAGCCUUGGGCUUUGUAUGUUAGCAACCAGCUAGGUAGAUCAACCACCUUUACUCGUGAGUGAGUGAGUGUGUGAGAAUAGCUCUACCCCAAGAAUAUCCUGAGUUUAUCCUGACAGAUUAGGCCGCUUAAAUCUCUUUGAGUACAGGCACGUUUGUUUCCUUGCCCGCUGUAGUACACAAGUGCAGAGGUGAUGACAGAUCUGAGGGCCGCGCCCCUAACCUGUACAAGCUCGCCCCUCCCCACAGAACCUAAACCCCUCACCGAGCUAACAUAUAAGUGUGACCAACAACCAGAACAAAAGAUUACCAAAUUAUGUCUGAUGUCUGGGUUUGUGCUGAAGAUUGCCAUCAAAAACAAUUUAACGUUUACCCCCCCAAAAAAUUCUACACUUUUAAAAAUCCCUAAUCUUGCUAUCUGCAAGUGCAGGAUUUUUUUUUUUUGACUGAAAGGCCAGUCAGUGAGCGUGGCAUUCUACCUUAUGCAAGUUAAACCAAAACUUAAGGACCGCAUGCAUCACUCCCCCCCCCCCCCCCCCCCCCCCAACCUUGUGUGUUCAAGUCGAAAACAAAAGCUUGUUUAAUCUGUAACCAGUUUUUAGGCACAGGAUCCUUUAACUAAUAAUAGCACAACCUCGUUUUUGUUGCCCAUUUCUGCCAACUUUCGUAGUGCAAAACAGUUAAUUAGCUACAAAUAUUGGCGAAAAAUCAGCAUUGUGUUGUGAUAUGAACGUGUUUUGAGGGCUAGAGGGACCUGUUUUGUUUUUCAAAGUCUUAAAGGGGACGGGGAAAAAAAGUGAAUUAGCCAACUAUAAAUUUGGAAAAGUGUAAUGAACAAUGGGCCUUUAGCCAUGCUGCUGAGGUGACGUGACACUACCGAUUGGGGUAGGACACGCGUGUUUCUCUGUAAAUCCAGCUGUUGUCCUGUGAUUACUCAACCAAUUUGAUCACAAUGGAGAAAAGGAAGUUAGCGCUCUUUCACGUUGCUUCACCGUCUGGUGUGAAAAGGCGUGCGCCUAAGUUUUAACACCGUGGCACUUUGUGUUUGUCGUCGUCAUUCUUUCGGGAAGCGCAUCUGUUCUACAGUCUGUGAGAAUAUUGCCUGAUGCCGUCUUUGCGAAAAGUUCAGUUAUCUCAAAUUUAAGCUGCACUCGGCUCAUUUGUGGGCGAUCCGAAACGAUUCACGACAAUGAAGCAGUUACGCACUUUUGCUGCUUUAACUUCAACGUGAUCUUGUAAUUCGAGCUUGAAAUAAGCGUAUUAAUCGAGCGUGGAAAGAGUAUGCGCGCUCUGUUGUUAAACAAACCGAAACCGCCAACAUGGAGGGAACCUCACCCCGCCAAAUGGGUUGAGUGUAGCAUUAGGAGGGAACCUAUUGAGUUUCUGAAUGGUCACUGGAUGGCUUACAAUAUUUCACAAAAUAAAUCGUUUUUUGUUUUGUUUUUUUGUAUUCCCACAUUUAUUUUCGACUUUUCUUUUGCAUUGAUUAAGGGGGGAAAUUCCAAUGUCUCUGAAUUUUGGGUAACCACUGAAACCACUGGAAAGAUGACUGAAAUCAACGAGGAGGAAAAGUAUUUUACUUUCAGUUGUCCGGAAAGCUUAGACUAAUUCUGCUGUUUACAUCAGAUUGCUGUUUGUAUCCAUUCAAUGCUGUAUAUUUUGUUGUUGUUGAAAAUGUAUUUAUUUUUGAGGAAAGAUUUUAAUUUCUGUACGGGACUGAGGGGUCCCAUGACGCAUGAUGGUCUGUAUUGCCCCUGUUUGUCUGGUCUUACUGGAGGGACCCAACUGGAGGAUCAUGGGCAAUGUGCUCAGUUUGAUUGCAUUCUUACUUUUUGUUGAGCUUUUAUUUAUUGGUAGAUUUGUUGUGCUGUCAUUGAAUAUGGGAUAAGACACUAAGCAAGGUUGGCUCAAUUUAAAGGAGAGGAAACUGAAUGGAAAACUAAAUUGUAUAAAAUAAUUGUAGUGUAAAUCUAUCAAUGUCUUAUUAUAUUGAUGAACAUCAUAAAAUAUAUGUAUAUUGGAAAACAUUGUCUUGUGGCCGAUGGUGCUUUUUUGUCCGUGUGCAAAAUAUUGAUCAAAUGCAAUGUGAUGUCCUUGAAUUAUUAUAAAUUUAUUGCUGCAAA